AUGCCGAGAGGAAAGGAGAUAUCCGAGGACAUCAGGAAGAAGAAGUGGACGCCCAUCAAGACUAUCACCAAGAAGCACCAGAAGAAGAAUAAAUCAGAAGCUACUACAGCAGCAGACCCUAGAACCACAACAUUGGCCCCAACCUCAACAACUGAAGCAGUCAGUAGAACAACUACAGCAGUUUCUAUAACAGCAGAGCCUUCAACCACAAAAUUGGUCCAAACCACAACAACAGAAGCAGUCGGUAAAACAACUACUACAACAGAAGAGCCUACAAGUACAACAUUGGCACCUACUAAGACAACCGAAACAGUAUCCAGAACAACUACAGCAGCUACUUCAACAGAAGAGCCUUCAACCACAACAUUGGCCCCUAGCAAAACAACAGAAGCAGUCAGUAAAUCAACUACUACAACAGAAGAGCCUUCAACCACAACAUUGGCCCCUAGCAAAACAACAGAAGCAGUCAGUAGAACAACUACUACAACAGAAGAGCCUUCAAGCACAACAUUGGUCCAAACCAAAACAACAGAAGCAGUCGGUAAAACAACUACAAAAGAGGCUUUCGCUAAAACAACUACAUUGGCCCCUACCACAACAACAGAAACAGUCACCAGAACAACUACAGCAGCUGCUACAACAGAAGAGCCCAGAAUCGCAACAUUGGCCCCAACCACAACAACAGUAGAUAAUGUAGUUGGUCUGGCGACUGUUCUGGUGAUUGUUCUGGCAGUUGUUAAAACAACUACUACAACAGAAGAGCCUACAACCACAACAUUGGCCCCAAACACAACAACAGAAGCAGUCAGUAAAACAACUGCUACAACAGAAGAACCUACAAGCACAACAUUGGCACCUACUAAGACAAUAGAAACAGUAGCCAGAACAACUACAGCAGCUACAACAACAGCAGAGCCUUCAACCACAACAUUGGCCCCAACCACAACAACAGAAGCAGUCGGUAAAGCAACUGCUUCAACGGAAGAGCCUUCAACCACAACAUUGGACCCUACCAUGACAAUAGAAACAGUAGCCAGAACAACUACAGCAGCUACAACAACAGCAGAGCCUUCAACCACAACAUUGGCCCCAACCACAACAACAGUCGUUACAACAAGUACUACAAGAGAAAACCCUACAAGCACAACAUUGGCCCCAACCACAACACCAGAAGCAGUCACCAAAACAACUACAGAAGUUACUACAACAGCAAAGCCUACAACCACAACAUUAGCCCUAACCACAACAACAGAAGCAUUUAGUAAAACAACUAAAGCAGAUUCUAUAACAGCAGAGCCUACAACCACAACAUUCGCCCCAAACACUACAACUGAAGCAGUCGCUAAAACAACUUCUACAACAGAAAAGCCUACAAGCUCAACAUUGGCCCUCAACACGACUAAAGAAGUUGUUGCUAAAACAACUACAGCAGCUACUACAACAGCUAAUCCUACAACCACAACAUUGGCCCCUAUCACAACAAAUGAAGCUGUCGCUAAAACAACUCCAGCAGCUAUUACAACAGCAAAGCCUACAAGCACAACAUUGGCCCCUAUCAUAGCAGAUGAAGCUGUCGCUAAAACAACUCCAGCAGCUAUUACAACAGCAAAGCCUACAAGCACAACAUUGGCCCUAUCACAACAAAAGAAGCUGUUGCUAAAACAUCUCCAGCAGCUACUACAACAGCAGGGCCUACAAGCACAACAAUAG